AUGGAUGAAGUCAGAAAGUAUGGCAAAACUCUCGAUGAGAUCGAAGGAGAGCUGAUGUUCGGUGAGAAUCGGUUUCUGUCGUGUAUUUUAUUCACGUUCUGGUUUAGGAGAGUUUCCGGAGUCUUUGAUCGACAGUGACGAGGAGCACAACAUUUUUGACGAUGAAUUCGACGCGGCAAACGAUGAAACGUUUGGCGGAGGUUUGGAUAACAUUGGAGAAAAUGCAGAACUCGAAAACUACGCGACACAGGUGUGCUGAGCCUUUGUUUACAUGAAAAUAGUUGUUUUUUGUAGACUCAACGCUUACGGCUGGAUGACCCUGUUUGGCAAAAUCCGUCAUCAUCCGAGCCCGUGGCUCCGAACGCGUCUACAAUCCCGAUCCCGUAUUCGAUGUUUGGAAACGCUUUCAAGUCAAGUUUUGAAGCAGAGUCGCCGUUCUUGGUUUUGAAAUCUAUCCAUGAACUGGGAAUAAACAAAAAUUUCAGAAAAAGUCGAUAUGGGGUAACGGCACGGACAACUUCAACAUAUGGGGUUCUGAUUUUGGAUUAACCUCAACGCCCGUUGCUCCAUCGUAUGAUAUCGAUCUCAGAUCACUCAGGCCAGCUGCGUCCACUCCUGCUCCUGUUAAAUCAGAGCCAAAGUCGUCGCAAAUUCCGGCAAUGCCGAGUUCUGCAUUAACGGUAGCAAAACAGAUGGCUUCUGAAAACUAAUUUAUUGCAUUUCAGUUGGAAGACAUCGAACGAAUGCAGACACGUGACACGGCGGAUGUAUUGGCAGAAAGUUUCAAAGGCUUAAACAUCAUAACAUCUGUAGAGCCGCAAUCAAUGCUUCCCUCCCAGUUUCAGUCGAGAGAAAUAGAAAUAACAGAGACGCAGGCAUCUGGUGGUCUUCCUCUUCAUCCAACUUUACCUGCCAGUGCUCUGUCACUCGAAGAGCUAGAAAGGAAAAUGGUGCAAGAAUCGCAAUCGGCAGCUGCCCAGAAGCCUCGACGACCACAACUGGCACAAGCACAAGAACCUUCUCCGGGCCAAGAGAGAUUCUCCCACCCGCCGCCUGUAUUCCAUUCGAACAUGCCGUCUAGAACUAUGUCUCCUAUGGUUCUACCGAUAGGUGCUGGUAUGCCAAUGAAUCCACCAAUGGGAUUCCCUCCUCAAUUGGGACCAAUGAUGCCUCCGCCGAACAUGCUGCCAAAGCUUCCACCUCUGAAUCCUCAGUUCCUUCCGUUGAUUCCCGCGUGGCUCAACGCUAUCAUCCACAACGUUCAGCUUCCAAUUGGUGUUCCUCCACCGCCACCGUUCCUGUUCCAGCUUCUUAAUCAUUACCGUAACCCUCAGCUGGUUCACGCAAUGAUUGUGCGAUCUUCUAUUCCUCCGAAUGUGCGACCAAAUGGACCACAGUUCGGACUUCAACAAGGACAGCACAGUCCUGGGAACAGAAUUCAACGCAAGCAUUCGGGAAUGCCGUCCACUAGAACUAUUUAUGAUCUCGCGUUGGAUUCGUUCGCUGGUUACAUGUCUUACAAAGAACGAGAGUGGCUCAUCAGAAUCCAAUUUGUGCAAUGCAAAGGUUCCGGUGAUCCGUUCCUCGAUGACUAUUACUAUGUGGUAAGCUAUUCGCUAUUCUGCUGACGGAACUUGACAUUCGCAUUUCAGACGUGGAGAGAGAAGCAAAUAGCUAAUGGAUGGACUGCCGAGCCAAAAUCGGAACAACCCAAAGUGCAAGAAUUCGAAUCUCAGAAAGACUAUCUCGAGCGCAUCAGAAGAAUGAAUUAUCGUGAGAAGCAGAAGGAAAGAGCUCGUGAGCGUGAUAAGGAGCGUCAGAGGGAACGUCAGGAACGAAUUGAUCGUGGCGAAGAAAGGAAGCCGCGCCAAACACUUUCGGAUAAGUUCGCAACAAGUUUGGGAUUGCCGUCAAAGUCUUCUACUCACAAUCCACGUCAUGUUCUCGAUAUGAAACGACAGGUCGACAGUGUGGAUCAAAAACAAGCCAAGAAGAUGUCAGACGAAGAGAGAAAGAUCGCUGUCGCUAAGAAGUUGCGAACGAUGCUGCUUCGCCUGGAAGGCGCUCUGACUCUGCUUAUUGAAAUAGAUGAGCUGAGAAAGCCUAAUCUUUCGGAGAAAUCACAAUUCAGAGAUCUAUCCAGGUAAAUCGAAUAAUGAAAAAUUGACUCAUUGUUUUCUUUUUUUCAGUGAACAAAAAGAUCAAGAAGUGGAGAAGCGAACAUCUCUUAUAAUUAACGAACUGAUGGGAGACGAUCUUUCGAAGCUUAUGCAGAUGUCCAAAGGAAGAGCUGUGAUUACAAGAACUCUGAAAGUUGUUGGACCAAAAGAACAGGCCACAAUUGUUCUCGCACUCAUGUCGGCCGGCAGUCUUGUGAGCAAGAAACUGUAUGGAGAGGUACUUGAUAAAGUUUUUCGUUUUCGUACAGGAACCAUAUUUUUGCAGAUUGUCCUCGACGUAUUGCCAGUGGCCUUCUCUAAGAUUGCAAGCCUCCAUCCAGAACAAUUCGAAUUUUUGGUCCGUGCUCUCAAUUUGGACAAUCUAAAAAGGCAGCUAUUGGACAACAACGUGGUGAUUUUUGUUGUCACUGUGCAAUUAAAACUACAAUAUUUGCAGUUUGUGAGAGAUAUGAUGCUUACUCUCUUCUUUGUAAGCGUAAAGAAUAGGCAGAAACUUGUGGAGUGGGCUAAAGAGACAAAGUUCACGAGCUUGAAGAUGCCAUCGAGCGCGCCGCUAAACUAUUGGAGAAGAGCUUUGAAUGUGAUCAGCGACAAUGAUAUUAAAGAAUUUUCUGAUCAAAUCAAAUACUCGGGAAUCGUCGACUGUCACGAUGUUGCCACACUCAUCCAACAGUCUACCUAA